CUCCCACCUCACAGAAUCCCCUCUGCCUGCUCACGGAUAGGAUAGCCGGCCGGUCACGUGACCCCGAGCCCCGAAUGUAGGUCAGCCCCUCCUCCACUGGACUCGUCUAUUUUUAAAAGCUGUGAAAGAACAGAGAGACUUCGAGACUCCGGGACUUCAAAACGCUUCAGCUUCUGGUUUCAUUUUCACGGAGUUUGUUUUCCUCCGGAGCGUCAGAGAAUUUGCAAUGUCGGCGGAGGACGCCGAAGACCGAGGGCGUCCGCCCCGCCGGCCGUCGGCCAAGUUGACCGUGGUGGUCGGGGACGCCCGCUUCUCCGAGGACAAGGCCUUCCUGGUCCAGAGCUGCGACUACUUCGGCGCCCUGUUCCGCUCCGGGAUGAAGGAGUGUCGGCAGGACGAGGUCCACCUCCAGGGUCUCGGCGCUCGAGGUUUCCUCGCCGCCUUGACGGCGUCGCGGGGCGAGUUUCCCGACCUCGACGGCCUCGACGACCUCGUCGAGGCCGUCGAGUGCGCCGCCUUCCUGCAGGCGGCGCCGCUCGCCCGGCGUCUCGUGGACCUCGUCGACUCGGACAACUGCCUGCUGAUGUACCGCGCCGCCGCCGCCUUCGGCCUCGACGCCGUCUACCGCGCCGCCGCGCUCUUCAUCCGAAACGUGUACGCCGACCUGGAGGCCGAGGCCAAGGAGUCGUUGACGCCGGAGCUGAUCGCCUACGUGGAGUCCUUGACCCCGAGCGCCUUCGUGGCCGUGGGCGCCCACGCGAGCUGCGGCGCGGACCGGCCGCCGCUCGCCGCCUCCAGGACGGUGUGCCGCCUGGACGAAAGCGCCAACGUCUGGAAGGUGCUGACGGAGCUCCCGCCGGAGGCCAGCACCUCCAUGGCCGGCGUGGCCGUCCUGGACAACCGGCUCUACGUGGUCGGCGGCGUUCACGGACCUCACAAGCGAGCGACGGCCUCGUCCUUCUGCUAUAGCGUCGACACCGACGCCUGGAGCCGGAUCCCCGGCCUGGAGCGGCCGCGCCGCGGCCUCGGCCUGGUCGGCGCGGACGGCCGCCUCUACGCCAUCGGAGGGGAGUGCGACCGGACGGCGACGGCGUCCGUGGAAGCGUACGACGUGGAGGCGGCGAGCUGGGCGGCCGCCGCGAGCCUCCCUCGGCCGGCGGCGGCGGCGGCGUGCGCCAAGGCCGCGGGCCGCAUCUUCGCGUGCUUGUGGAAGCCGACGGAGACCACGGAGAUCUACGAGUACGUCUCCCGGGCGGACGAGUGGCGGCCGGUCGCCACGCUGAUCCGGCGCCGGAGCUACGGCCACUUCCUGGUCGGCCACCGGGACGACCUGUACGUGGUGAGGAACGGGCCGGCGGACGACUUCCUGCGCUGCCUCGUGGACUGCUACAACCUGCGCUCGGGCCAGUGGUCCUCGCUGCCCGGGCACUUCGCCAACAGCAAGGGGGCGCUGUUCACGGCGGCGGUGAGGGGCGACUCGCUGCUCACGCUCAGCCAGAGCGAGACGCAGGAGUUCGCCGUGGCCGACAGGAACUGGAAGCCGCGGCGGCGGAUGAAAGGUUUCCCCCGGAGCGGCUCGCUGUGGACGUUCCUGCUGCGGCUGCCGGACCCUCGACCCGCGCCGUGACCACCUCCGGUGACCUCCGGUGACUCCCGGACGCCGUUUACUACGAUCUCCGUCGUGUUCUACGUCGUUUUUUUCAGAGGCAAAAGUCAAAAAAAUUGUGUUUCUCCUGCAAAUAAAAGAGUUUCUCAUGGGG